AUGUUACCCCUCGGCCUCUUGAACGCCGCCCAAGGGCACCCCAUGCUCGUGGAGCUGAAGAACGGUGAAACCCUCAACGGCCAUCUGGUCAUGUGCGAUACCUGGAUGAAUCUGACCCUGAAGGAGGUCGUUCAGACGAGUCCGGAAGGCGACAAGUUCGUCAAGAUCCCCGAAGUUUAUGUGAAAGGAAACAACAUCAAGUACCUGCGAGUCCCCGACGACAUCAUCGACGUGGUUAAGGAGAACCAGGCGAACCACCAGCAAGGAGGAUUCCGUGGCGGUAGAGGUGGAAACAGAGGGGACCACAGUGGUCGCGGCGGCGAUAGAGGCAGAGGCAGAGGUCAGGGCCGUGGAGGACGGGGACGUGGUAACCGUGGUGGCCCAUGA